AUGUCCUCAGUUCUAUUUGACGAUAAUAACGAUGCCGAUUCUCUCACCUAUGAAGAAAAAAAAGAAAUUGAGAUACUGAUGAGCACACUGUUCCAUAUGGGUGUCCCAAUUGUGAUGGCGGCAGGUAAUAUUGACUUUGGAGAUGAGAGUGAUGAGGUGAAUGGUAUUCCUCAAGUUUUUGAAGAUGAUGACUUUCCACUACUCAAUGUGGGCAGUGCCGAUCAAUUUGGAAAUAUUGACUGCACUUCUAAAAGAGGAUCUAAAGUUUCCGUUUACCUCGACGGCACUGCCGCUACAUGUGUUGCUUUCAAGGAUAGCGCGGGUAAUUACGUUCCCCAGAUUGGUACUUCAUAUGCUGCUCCUCUUCUCGCUGGUAUGAUCGCCGUCUUCAUGUCCCAAACACAGGGCAAGUUUUAUGAUGCGACGCACCAAUACGCUGGUACAAGAGAGUUUGUGGAAAGAGUACGCCAUUUUAUAAAGACAGAGGCUAGUUAUAUCAGGGUGGGAGGCGCACGAAUGGGCUGGAACAUGGCUCCCAAGGCUUCCUAA